GAGGGUUGGAUUUUGUGCAGACCGAGAUGCUUGGCAGCCCAAGUUCCCGCUCAGGACUUCAUACGGUAGAGCGAAGAUCGGUUCUCCACUAGCGAGAGUGCCGAAUAAAAGAUCUGACAGAGGCUGCUCUGAAAGGGCCUCAUGCGCGUUGCCUUCGCCUCAGACUGCCGGCUGUGUUGCCUCGUGCUGCCGAAAUAUUCGGGAUGGAGCGUCGUGCCUUGCGAUUGGCCCAACUUUUCCUCUUUGUGCUAUGGGCUAAUAGCCUAAUAACAAUUGGAUUAUCAGGUGCACAACAGCAGAUCAUCUGCAAUGAAUCCUUCAUGCUACAGAACUUGCCAGUGUGUGGAAAAUCCUUUGAAGAGAUGAUGCACAAAGUGGAUUCUACAAAAUGGUGCAAUCUUACAGAGUUUAUACUGUAUUACAACAACUUUAUUCUCUGUACAGAACACAAAGUUUCAACAGCAAAGUGCUUUUGGCCUAACCCACUGGCUGAAGGUUUCAUCACUGGAAUCCAUAGACAAUUCUUUACAAACUGUACCUCAGAUAAAGUGCAUUGGGAAGAUCCUCCUGAUAAAAUUCUGGUUCCUUUGAUUUUCAUUCCAAUUCUUCUGACAGUUGCCAUGGUUGGUUUAGUGGUAUGGUGUAGCAAAAGAAGUGAUAUUUUGGUAUAACUCAGCAUUCAUCACCAUGUUUUUCUUUUUUUUAAUUGAGAAUGGAAUAGAAAUAUUAUUUGUACUGUAUAUCUACAUGUACUUGUGUGUAUGUGUAGGUAUACACAGACAGACACAUACAUAUAAAGACAAUUUUGGCAAGCAGAACCUACAUUCUUCUGUAGCUACACAUAUCUAGUAUAAACAUUACUUCUCCAGCAGUAUAGACAUUGUUCUGAACAAAAGUGUGGCUCAUGACCAUAACUCUGUAAUGAAUAGAAACUGAAAACAAUAUCUGAAUCUGCUAUAUACAAUGGAAGUUUGUGGCUUUUAAAUUCAAGAAUGAAUCUCAGCUGUUCAAUAAUUUUUUUAAAGAUGAUACUAUAUGUGAACUGUAGAUUUGAAAUGUAUGCACAUGUAUUCUGAACAAUCAUAUUUAUGGUAGGGGUUGUUUUGGAAUUAAAUGUGAAAAUUAAGAAUAUUUAAGUGUGAACUUUGGGAUUUAAAUAGACUGUCCUUGCCAAAGAUAUAUAGCAUGCAUAUACAUGUGCAGCAAAGUGAAACACUGUGAAUAAUGAAUGAUCAAAGAAUUGUCACGAUUAUUCUGGCUCUUCUACAAAUUAGUAAAGAAACAUGUCCUUGAAUGUUCACAUCCUGGACUGGAAAUCUGCAGAUUGGUCUCUUGAAAGGAUAUAGUUUUCUUUUGCAAAGCUGCAAAGAGAAUGAGAGGAAAUUGGUCAACCAGAAAUCUAUUCAAGUGUUAAAGGAACUGUUACAUUCGUCUCUGUGUUUUUAAACUGGUAAUUUUAAGACAAUUUUCCUUCCUUUUUCCAUAGCCUUUUUAAAUUUCUGAUAUGCUUUAAAUGGUCAGAUUUCAUAGGAAGAAAAUAUGGCAAUCAUUUUAAUACUAACCCAUUUCAGAUUUUGCAUAUUGAAAUAUAAUUUAUAUGUUAGAUGUUUUGAAUUUCCACCCAGAUAUAGAAGAAUUUCCACCCACAUAUAGAAUAAAUUAGUUUAGCAAAUAUCUUAGACGUUUUCAGGAGCUAUACCUCCAGUAAAAUGCACAAGAUAAACAACUUAAAUUCUUAUAGAAAACCUCAGAUUUUCUAAUCCGAAGUCUUCUGUAACAUCAAAAUUAUAUUAUAUAAUAGUGCAAACAUCUUCAAUUAGAAAUAUUUUGUCUUUAUACCUGCAUAAUUAAAUAACACUAGACAGUUUAUCAAUGAUCUGAUAUUCAUCAACAUAUCUACCAUUUUGGGGACCUCUUUUGGAUGUUAUUAGUAUGCCACCUGAUUCUUAUCUUGGUCAUCUAUUACCUGCUAUAUUUAAAAAAUGAGAUAAGAUAGAGAUCACCAAGUGUUCCCGUGUAAUCUAUCUUCAAUGGGGUUUGUAUAUGCUUUUAAAAUAUGCCUUCAGAAAUUUUCUAUCAAUUAGGGAACUUCUUGAAUUAAAAAAAAGAAAUUGAGGCAGGGAACCUAAUCAAACUAUUCAUGUUAUCUAAAAGAUCUAAGAAACUAGAACCACACUGUAAUUUAUUACUUAUAAGUACAGUGUUGAAUCAAACACUAUGGUUUUAUGGAUGGCAUAAAAACAGGAUGUAAAGGAUAUAAAUUUACCAGGUGUGAUACUAUUAUAUAUAAUGUAUAUCUUAUUAAAAUCGCAUUAUUUUGUUAAAAUGUUGAAAAUCUGAACAAAUUUAUACUUGUAAACAUUGUAUUGUUAUAAUGCAACUUUACAUUUAAAAAAAUCAAAUUGAAUUUAUUGUUAAAAUUAAUAUUUCUUAAAAUGAAAAUUUCAUUUAAAUUUUAGCUGUUACUAAAGGAAGAAACAGACAAGGACUAUGACGUUUUUGAAAAUGUAUAUGAUAGAUCAAUGAAUCUAAGGCUAACAAUGGCCAUUCAGAGAUGAUAUAUCUGGCCAGAAGAUAAAUGUAGGAGUCCAUAUCUACCCCAUAGAAAUUUGCUUAUUAUGACAGAACCAAAAUCAGCUUGGCUUUUGAUCUGCUUCUGUGGAGUUUUUAAAUUCUUAAUGCAGGUAUAAAUUGCAUCAUGUUUUUAAUUAUGUUGCAUUGUUUUGUUCUCUAACUUCUGUAAUUAGCAAAAAAUUACUCAUUGAGUGGUAAUAUUGUAAGGAUGGAAAUAGGAAGUUUAAGUGCUUUAUAGUUUCUCUUCCCAUGCUUAUUUCUGAUUCUUAGAAGUGAACAUUCAGAUUUGGGAAAUCCAAUCAGUUACAUAGGGAAGAAACCCUGCUUAUUUACAUUUUUUAUCUUUCUUCUGAAGUUUUCAAGUCAUUCUAAAUCCAUGCAGAAUUAAACAUGAAGAAAGCAGUUUUGAUAUAAUUUCAUAGCUUUAUAAGUUUGUUUUGGACAAAUCCAUCUUAUGUGAGAUAAGCGAUGAAAUAAUAAAUGUUAAUAGGCUAUUUAUGAUUAUAUAAUCUUACUUUCUUAGUUCAAAUCAUAC